ACACGAAAGUUGCAGUUAGAGGUGAAAUUCAUCUUCUCAACUUAUUUCUGAUUUUAUUUCCUUAGCUUACUGUAGAGAAGCUAUGGAUCAGUGUGUCAAUGUGGAGAGAGAGCUGGAGAAAGUGCUCCAGCAAUUCUCCAGCUAUGGCCAGCACUGCGAUAAAAUUCUGGAGAUAGAAUACACCAGCAGCUUGAAACAGCAAAUCUCGCAGACUGCAGAUCGGGAAUUAUCAGGAACGCUUUCUCUUGUCCUGUCCCAGUGCUGUAAGAGGAUAAAAGACACAGUACAGAAGCUGGCGUCAGACCAUAAAGACAUUCAUAGCAGCGUCUCUCGAGUAGGAAAAGCCAUUGACAAGAAUUUCGAUUCCGAUGUCAGCAGCAUUGGCAUAGAAGGAUGCUGGCAGUCUGAAAACCAGCGACUUCUCAGUGAGGUCAUGGUGGAGCACUUUUUCAGACAAGGCAUGCUGGAUGUGGCAGAGGAAUUGUGUCAGGAAGCUGGACUGUGCAUAGACCCAAGUCAGAAGGAACCCUUUGUAGAAUUAAACAGAAUACUAGAAGCACUUAGAAUGAGAGACUUAAGACCUGCAUUAGAGUGGGCAUCGGUGAAUCGGGAAAUGCUUAUGGCUCAGAACAGUGCCUUAGAAUUCAAGCUGCACAGAUUGUAUUUUAUCAGCCUGCUAAUGGGGGGUCCAGCCAAUCAGAAAGAAGCAUUACAGUAUGCAAAAAACUUUCAACCUUUUACAGAAAACCACCAAAAAGAUAUCCAGGUGUUAAUGGGAAGCCUCGUGUACCUACGGCAGGGGAUUGAGAACUCUCCGUAUGUUCACCUGCUGGAUUCCAAUCAGUGGGCCGAUAUCUGUGACAUUUUUACCAGAGAUGCCUGUGCUCUCCUAGGCCUUUCUGUUGAAUCGCCUCUCAGUGUUAGUUUUUCAGCUGGCUGUAUAGCACUGCCAGCUCUUAUAAACAUUAAAGCAGUCAUCGAACAGAGACAGUGCACUGGAGUGUGGAACCAGAAGGACGAAUUGCCUAUUGAAGUUGACCUUGGUCAAAAGUGUUGGUACCACUCUGUGUUUGCCUGUCCUAUUCUUCGGCAACAAACAACAGACAACAACCCCCCUAUGAAACUCUUGUGUGGCCAUAUUAUUUCCAGAGAUGCUUUAAAUAAAAUGAUGAGUGGAAGCAAGUUGAAAUGCCCAUAUUGUCCAAUGGAGCAGGUUCCGGCAGAUGCAAAGCAAAUAUACUUCUGAAGUGGCCUAGAUCAACCCUCGCCAGUCAAACCUGCACGAUUGGCCAUUCACUUUGAACAAGCUAAACAAAAAUCUGCUUCAUGGAGACUGAAAGUGUCGGCAGAAGUAAUUCAGUCCUAUGGGAAGAUUUGCCAAUAUUUAGUAACAUUGACAAGGUGUUCUGAAGCAAGAGGUAAUAUUAGUGGCAAUAGAUAGGGCUGUGUUUUUUUUUUCCCCACAGUAAAAUAAUGGCUGCUUUCGCUGCAUUUUACAGUAUAAAAAUAGGUUUUUCAAGAUAUUUCACGAUUUU